AUGGAGCGCUUUAGGAACAUGCUCCAGUCCCAGGGCUUGGGCGGCCUGGGCGGCCAAUCCGGGACGGAUAAUACGCAGCUUAUCGAUAAUUCCGAGACCGUUUACAUCUCUUCCCUCGCCCUCCUCAAGAUGCUGCGACACGGUCGUGCUGGUGUCCCCAUGGAAGUCAUGGGUCUGAUGCUGGGAGAGUUCGUCGAUGACUUCACGGUCCGCGUAGUGGAUGUCUUUGCCAUGCCUCAAAGCGGUACCGGUGUUAGUGUAGAGGCCGUCGAUCCCGUGUUCCAGAUGAAGAUGAUGGACAUGCUGAGACAGACCGGAAGGCCCGAAGCUGUUGUCGGCUGGUACCAUUCCCAUCCCGGUUUCGGCUGCUGGCUUUCAUCCGUCGAUAUCAACACCCAGCAGUCCUUCGAACAGCUUACCCCGCGCGCCGUUGCCGUCGUCGUCGAUCCCAUCCAGUCCGUCAAGGGCAAGGUUGUCAUUGACGCCUUCCGCCUCAUCAACCCUCAGUCGCUCAUGCUUGGCCAAGAACCUCGGCAAAGCACGAGUAACCUGGGUCACUUGAACAAGCCCUCGAUCCAGGCCCUUAUCCACGGCCUGAACAGACACUACUACUCCAUCGGCAUCAACUACCGCAAGACGGCGCUCGAGGAGAACAUGUUGAUGAACCUACACAAGCACGUCUGGACCGAGGCUCUGGAGAUGAAUGACUUCAGACACGAGGCCAACUGCAACAAGGAACGUCUGGAGAGCCUAGUUAGCUUGGCCGAGGGCUACGAAAAGCGCGUCAAGGAAGAGACCGAGUUGACAAAGGACCAGCUCAAGACCCGCUACGUCGGCAAGCUUGACCCCAAGAAGCACUUGGAGGAUGUUGGCCAGCAGUUGAUUGAGGACAACAUUGUGUCCGUAUCGAGACAAAUGAUCGACAAGGAGGCGACAAUGCCCAAGAAGGAUGCACCCGCAGGUACCAAGGACCACUCAAAUGGCGAUUCUAUGGAUGUGGAGGAGGAGUUGUAA